AGCGCUUGCGCGUUUCCUUGCUUCUGUGUGUACGUGUGUGCAUGGGCACCGUGUGCAUGUGUGUGUAUAUACAUCUGCCGCGAAAAUGUUUCCAACAUCGUUGCUUUUGGAUCUUUCUCCACCGCCGACAUUAAUAUUUUUGUCGGCAUUUGCGAGGAUCUUGCCCCGCGCGGAUGUUUAGGCUCAGUUGUCUCGCGGUGUUUGAGCACCAACGGUGAGGUGUGGCUCGCACGUGAGGAUUUGCCUGCACCUGGAAGCAUAGGAUCUGAGACAGCUAGUGGGCCUGACAUUCCAGAAAGUUUGGUAGACCACAAUGUCUUUGCUGUGGUUUGGCUCCCUCUCAGGACCCUAAUGACCACAAUACCAGUUGUGACCAUCGAGUCAGCUUUUACCCAUAACCCCCUCUACAACCCCUGAAAAGACUGACUGGGUGCAUUGGCUGCAUUGGGGUGGUCUUCCAAAUGCCUACCUCACGCUUAAAGAGCAAAUCACUGCAGCCACAGCCCUGAUCAGCAGCCACCAUGACAUCAAGCAUAGGGGAUGAUUGUAGCAUCUUUGAUGGGUUGAUGGAAGAAGAUGAAAAGGACAAAGCAAAACGUGUGUCCCGUAACAAGUCUGAGAAGAAACGGAGAGACCAGUUCAAUGUCCUCAUCAAGGAACUCGGCACAAUGUUGCCUGGCAACACCAGGAAGAUGGACAAAUCCACCAUCCUACAGAAAAGCAUUGACUUCCUGUGUAAACACAAAGAGAUUGCAGCCCAGUCGGAGUCGAGUGAAAUCAGGCAGGACUGGAAGCCGCCAUUCCUUAGCAAUGAGGAGUUUACCCAGCUCAUGCUGGAGGCACUGGAUGGGUUCUUUAUAGCAAUAAUGACUGAUGGGAACAUCCUCUAUGUCUCUGAGAGUGUCACCUCGUUAUUAGAACAUCUGCCGAUGGAUUUGGUGGACCAGAACCUUUUGAACUUCCUUCCUGUUGGGGAACACUCCGAGGUGUACAAGGCUCUUUCAACGCACCCCACUGACCCAGAGAGCCUUAGCACUGAUUAUCUGAAGACUAAGAACCACAUGGAGUUCUGCUGCCAUAUGCUGCGAGGGGCAAUUGACCCUAAAGAGCCCCCUGUCUACGAAUAUGUCAAGUUCAUCGGCAACUUCAAGUCUCUCAAUAAUGUUCCUAAUAUAACAAGGAAUGGUCUAGCAGGGGUGUUACAGCGUUCACUUCAACCUGCGUUUGAUGACCAGGUGUGCUUUGUAGCCACUGUUCGGCUGGCCAAACCUCAGUUCAUCAAGGAGAUGUGUACAGUGGAGGAGCCCAAUGAAGAGUUCACCUCACGGCACAGUUUGGAAUGGAAGUUCCUCUUUUUAGACCACAGAGCUCCACCAAUCAUAGGCUACUUGCCUUUCGAGGUUCUGGGAACAUCAGGGUACGAUUAUUACCACGUGGAUGACCUGGAGACACUAGCCAAGUGCCAUGAACACUUGAUGCAGUAUGGUAAAGGGAAGUCUUGUUACUACCGUUUCCUGACUAAAGGUCAACAGUGGAUAUGGCUUCAAACGCACUACUAUAUUACCUAUCACCAGUGGAACUCUCGGCCUGAGUUUAUUGUUUGCACGCACACAGUAGUCAGCUAUGCAGAGGUGAGGGCCGAGCAGCGCAGAGAGCUGGGAAUUGAAGAAGCAAACCCAGAGGUUACGGCAGAUAAGAGUCAGGACUCUGGCUCAGAGUCACAGUUGAACACAUCAAGCCUCAAGGAGGCUCUUGAGCGUUUUGACCGCAGCCGCACACCCUCAACCUCAUCCCGGAGUUCCCGCAAGUCCUCAUCCCAUGUCUCUGACAACACUUGCACUUCUACAGCGUCCAAGCUUCACAUGGACACAGCCACGCCCCCUCGGCAGUCACUGGCCUCCACCAUGGAGAUGUCACAACGUCGCUCGUCCAUCAGCAGCCAGUCUAUGAGCUCUCAGACCACAGGUCAGAGUGUUACACCGAAUAUGAUCACUCAGCAGCAACAACAACAACAGCAGCAACAACAACAACAACAACAACAACAACAGCAACAACAACAGCAGCAGCAGCAACAGCAACAGUCACAGCAGCUACAGACAAAUGUGCAGCCGGUGAUGGACUUCUCUGCCCAGGAGUACGCCAUGCAGCACCUGAAGGAGCAGCUGGAACAGAGGACGAGACUGAUCCAGGCCAACAUCCAACGUCAGCAGGAGGAGCUGAGACACAUCCAGGAGCAGCUGCAGAGAGUUCAGGGACAGGGUAUUCAGAUGUUGCUGCAACAGCAAGGUGGAGCAAUGAACGUGCAGCUCCCGCAAGUGGGGUCAGUCCAACAGGCAACUACAUUGACCAAUCAGGUCCAGCAAACAACAAUUAACCCCGUCCAUUCAGGAACUCAGCAGCUCACCAUCCAGCAGCAGGCUCCGCCCCCUCAGCAGAACCUACAACAGCAGACAAAUGCUCUAACACAGGCCCAGCGUCAGCCUCAGCAACCUCAGCAGGCUCAGCCCCAGACCCAAGGCUCUGUAUCUGCUCCUCUUUACAACACCAUGAUGAUUUCCCAGCCAGGGCAACCCAACGUGCUGCAGAUCAGCACCAGCCUGCCACAGACCAACACACAGCCGGGCACUGCCGUGGCCACCUUUACACAGGACAGGCAGAUACGGUUCCCAGCAGGGCAGCAACUGGUGACCAAGCUUGUGACUGCUCCAAUGGCAUGUGGAGCAGUCAUGGUACCCACCUCAAUGUUUAUGGGACAGGUGGUCACUGCAUACAACCCUUUUGGUGGGCAGCAGCAGGGAGGGCAGACCCAGACCCUGACUCUGCAACCAGCCCAACCGCAACAAGGCCAGCCCGACAGCCAAAACCAGACAGCUGUAGUGGCACAGAGCGGCCAACAGGGACAACAGGGACAACAGCAAUUCCUACAGGGCACUCGUCUUCUCCACAGUAACCAGUCUACCCAGCUGAUUCUGCAGGCAGCUUUCCCACUCCAGCAACAGGGCACGUUCACCCAGGCGACCCACCAACAGCAACCGCAGCAGCAGCAACAACAACAACAACAGCAGCAGCAGCGGCAACAGCAGCAGCAGCAACAGCAACAACAACAAUCUCAUCACCAGAGGCACCAGCAGCAGCUGAAACCACAGCCCCAGAAACAGCAGAAAGCCCCUUCUUCACACAGGACUGACAGUGUCAGCAGCCAGCCGCAGUAAAGUGAGGAGAGAGACUAGUGAAAAGAGAAACACGGGGAACUGAAACUCUAAAGGAUUGCUGCAUACAUGUGUUUUGGUCGUGUGGCUGUCAAAAAAUAUCCUUCUCCCCAAAAUCGCUGCCCUCCCAUCCUUCAUCUAAAAGAAGUGCAUCAUAGGAAAGAGGAAAGCCUGUGAGUCUGCAAGGAACUCGCCAAGGAUUGUCUCCAUGGCAACAGAAUGGAUUAAAAUCCCCCUUUUCCCUCACAAGAGGCGGGACUGUAAGGGAAGAACACCUUAUUGCCACGGUAACGGCAGACUUUUUUUCCUUUUGAAGGUGUGUCAAAAUGGACUGAACUUGUACAGAUUUACUGUAUGAUAUAAAAAAGAAAACCAUGUAAAUAUCUGAUAUAGCCUAACAGGAAACAGAAAUGUAGUAUUUUAUAUGAUUGCAUGGAAAGAAUAACUGUGUAAGCUUUUAUUAGUCGCUUUUGAAAAUUGAAUUUUUACUUUGUUCAAGUGUUUUCUGGUCAAAGAUGGAGCAGUGACGUGCUCUCUCAGUACCCCCUCUCUCUUCCCUUCUCUAAAAAAAAAGUCCAGAUUAAGGCUUUAAAGUUCUGUCAGUUUGUUUAAAAAAUGGUUGGGCUUGGGUUGUUUUUUUGUGGAAACACUGUGUCUUUGAGACAGAAAUGGCUCUUUUUAACUUCGUGAGAAAACAUAUUGUCUGACAAGAAACUACAUUACAGUUCAACUGAGUUACUCACAGGAUGAUCACUGUACGUAUAACGGGUUAAGUGAUUUCAAGUGCCAAUAACAUAGCCAAUUAUGUUGUUUUUAUUUUGAGCAGACUAUUCAAAGGCGUAGAUAUAUUUUCCAACAAGAUAUUACCCCUAAUAAAGUUAAUGCGUGUGUAUAUAGUAGGGACUAUUUUUUAACAGUCAGAGAGCCCUAUACAUAACAAACUAUAUCCUCAGCCUCCUGAAACUUUAGCACUUGAUGUGGUUGUGUACAGUAAAUCACUGUCAAGACCUAGUUGUUUGUAAUCCGUGGUGUGAUUCUGUGAGCUAGUGUGUGUUUUUGGGAAUACAAUCUUUAUGGGCAUGAGAGUGUCUGUGGUUGGUGUGUUUGUUUGUAUGAAUGUGUGUGUGCUUGUUGCCCCUUGUGUCUUAUAAUAAUUGACUUAGUAAGGGUUGAAGUUGCUGGAUGGUACUUGUAUUCUCAGGAAUGUGGAAAGUUAUUUGCUUCUGCCUCAGUCUGGAACCAGACCAGGAAGGAUUAAACAGUGAUGCUGCAGAAACCAGAGGAAGACAUGACGUAAAAGGGUGUGUUGAUUUAAUCAAAUAUGACCUAGAUUUCAAAAAGCCUUCUUGUUGUUUUCUUAUCAUAACAGUUUGGUGGGAAAAGUCUCCAAAUAGAGUAAAAAUAUGCUAUUAUUUUGGCUAAUGAGUAGAAAUAUAGAGAACUCACCCCAAAGAGUUAAUCGUACCAGCAUCUUUACUGCCUCACUAUGUCUGUAGCAUCAGUGUUUUAUCUUUCUUACUAUUCCUAGGCCUCAGAAACCCUCAUGCAGUUCAGUUCCCUCAUCUGUCAGUUCUCUUACAGCAGUUAAAACCCGGGUUGUGUCCAGAGCCAUUUUAAAUACAGAUGGAAAUGGGCUCAGCUCUUCUUGUACAGUUGAAAGCCAUAUCAAACAGUAAAGCCUUGGACUGGAGGAAGCUUAACGGUCGGCAAAGGAGCUUUUAGAAUGUGUUGUUCUGUCUCAAAGUUUAGAAAAGAUGGUGUGUGAGAACUUGGGUGUGUGUGCUUGUGUGAAUAAAGCGUCUCCUACUUCUUGUAUCACUCGGGGGUCAUUAUUGGUUUCCCCUGGCGAUAGCCAAUCAGUUCUUGCGUUGCAGUAUAAAGAAAUAAUUGUAAUAUUCAAGAAACUUCCUCUCCAGUUGGGCUCAGUAUUCUGCAAGCCCGUGUGUGGGACAGCUCAACUUGAAUACAUGUUUGUGUGAAAGACAGAGUUUGUAUGCAUGUUAACCGUCACUGUAACCUUAUAUAUUUUCAUAUGGAUACAGAUGUGUGACUGCAAAAGAAUCUGUUAGGCAAUGCAGAGCAUUGGUCACCUGACUGGCUAUAAAGAUAUGGGCAGUGUUAUUGUUUUACAAUAACGGACUGCACAGCUAACACUUUUCACAUCCACGACGCAUUAGACCAGUCUCAAAUAGUAAUCCUCUGAGAAAAGUUAUGACUGGAAGAAACAGGUUAAUCUUUGUCCGUAUGUGAGGAAUAAGGGGGUUGCUAUUUGAGCCAGGUCUACACCCAUCACAUCGCAAACAUAGAUCCUCUUUGCAUUAGUUUGUGUUUAAGGCAUCACUCUGAAGGUUUAUUAUAAAAUGUUCUAGUUUGAGUCACUGAUACCCAGCCCAAAGAAUGUAAAGGUGUUUUAUAGAGACGAAUGGAUGUUGUAACUGUUGAUUCUGGAAAACCUUUGACAGGCUUUGUGAUGAAGGAAAACAAGGGGUAUAAAAAAUCAUGUUUCUUGCUUCAAGAAUUCACUUAAAGAAUCCGAAAUACAAUCUUAUUUGCAGGCUUGGCAUUGUUGAAGAACCUCUGAAUGUGUCACCAUAACAAACUUUCUGAUUUGCAACAAUGUUCAGACAACAAAAGGUUGGAGAAAAAAAAGUUUAAGAAUGGUGAGGUGUAGGAUAUUUGAAAUUGGUCACCAUAGACAAGACAGUGAGGCCCCUCCCCCCUUCAUAGAGAUACACAGAUCACCUUUCCACUACACAAUUUGGUUCUAAAGAGUUCUAGUUCUAGUAUAAAACUGUACACAUACACAAAGCUAAGAACACCAGUAUUCAGUGUAAAAUGGUGCUAUGCUUACCUGUACUGUAUGUAUGUAUAUCCCUUCUGCUCUUGAACUGUGCUCCUUUAUCUACCCCAAAGUCAAAUGUAAUAAUAAUCAAUAUUUUGAAGCAAAAUGUUUGCUAUUAUUAUAACCCCCCUCUCCCCUCUUGGUCAAUUUGAAAAUAAAAACAGUUGCAAAUAUUAUACGUGA